CCCCUGGGGUUACAGGGGCCGUGACAGGCUCUCUUCCCUCCUCUAGCAUUACAGGGUCCGUGGGGUGGGACAGGAUCCCUUUCCCUUAAGGAGGGCUGUGGCAUUAAUGCCAAUUUGGUCUUUGGUAAAGAUGGAGCUAAAAUUUCAGCCCCUCUCUCCAAAACUGCAACUGGCACGGUGGGUUGGGCAGGGAGCCAUGUCCAGUCCCUGCACUGGCCCAGGUGGUCCCGUUGGGGUCAGGGCGCGGUUGCAGGGGAGCUGCUGUCACCCUGGCAUCGAAGGGAGAGAGGAUGGGGUGCAGGAGCAAAGGGGUCCCAUGUCCUUCAGAGCCAUGCUGUCAGCCCCGCGGUCUUGUAUGAUUGAGGUCUAAGCAUGGUGCAGAGCCAUGGGUGAUGCAAGCAGGACUGUGGUUCUGUGUGUGUGUGCAUACAUAUAGCUACACAGUUAUGUAACUGUUAGGGUUAUGGAAAUGGGUGGCAAUUAGAGGAAAGAUGUAGACAGAGAUGACUGUGUUACAUUUGGAAAGAAUCAGAGACAGUCACUUUUCUGCACUGCAAAGGAAGGGGAAUUAAUGUAAAUAUGGUGAAGGAUCUGGAGCACAAGUCUUAAGAUGAGCAGCUAAGAGAACUGGGGUUGUUCAACCUCAAGAAGAGGAGGCUGAGGGGAGACCUCAUCGCUCUCUACAACUGCCAAAAAGGAGGUUGUAGUGAGGUGAGUGCUGGUCUCUUCUCCCAAGUAAUGAGCGACAGAAUGAGAUGAAAUGGCCUCACGUUGUGCCAGGGGAGGUUCAGAUUAGACAUUAGGAAAAAUUUCUUCACCAAAAAGGUCCUUGGGUGCAGGCAGAGGCUGCCCAGGGAAGUGAUGGAGUCCCCAUCCCUGAAAGUGUUUAAAAGACUGGUAGAUGAGGUGCUCAGGGAUAUGGUUUAGUAGUGGACAGAUACAGUUGAACCCAAUGAUCUCAAAGGUCUUUUCCAACCAAAUGAUUCUGUAAUUUUUUCUCCUCAUUCUAAAGCAGCCAACAGCGAAAGAGUGAGUGAAGGUGCUAUGGCUUUGUGUGGAGUGUGGCACUACCUCCAUGUUGUCUUCAGAGGGAAAGCUUUUGGUUUCUUCAUGCAGAUGGAAGUACUUAAAGAUUCAAGCAUUUCUGGAGCUUGUAAGUGGGGAGAGUGAGGAGGAAAGUAAUGGCGUCAACCUGAUGGAGUUCUCGGAUGAGAUCCUUUUGCACAUCCUCAGCUAUGUCCCUUGCACAGACCUUGUCCUGAACGUCAGGAGAACCUGCAGAAAACUCGCAACACUUUGCCUUGACAAGAGCCUAACGCAUACAGUUGUACUUCAGAAAGACUACAAGGUGAACAAAGACAAAGUGAAGCAGCUGAUGAGGGAUAUUGGAAAAGAGAUUUACCAGCUGAACAUGGCUGGGUGCUAUUGGCUGCCCAGCUCCACUAUUGAUCAUGUAACACGGUGCAAGAACUUGGUAAAACUGAACUUGUCUGGGUGCCACAUCACCUCUCUUCGUCUCUCCAAGAUGCUGUCCACACUCCAGCACCUGUGCUCCCUGGCGAUAGAUGUAAACCCAGGUUUUGAUGCCAGUCAGCUAAGCAGUGAGUGUAAAGCCACUCUUAGCCGUGUCUUGGAGUUGAAGCAAACCCUUUACACGCCAUCGUAUGGUGUCGUUCCAUGCUGCACUAGCCUUGAGAAACUGCUGCUUUAUUUUGAGAUCCUCGAUCGCUCACGAGAAGGUUUUAUGCUCUCUGGGCAGCUAAUGGUAGGUGAGAGCAAUGUGCCCCAUUACCAGAACCUCCGCGUCUUCUAUGCCAGGCUGGCUCCUGGCUACGUUAAUCAGGAGGUGGUGAGGCUUUACUUGGCGGUGCUAAGUGAUCGGACACCUGAGAACCUUCACGCCUUCCUUAUUUCUGCCCCUGGUAGCUUUGCAGAAACGGGAGCCACUAAAAACCUCCUGGACUCUAUGGCUCGAAAUGUACGUCUGGAUGCUUUACAAUUGCCCAAAGCCUGGAUUAAUGGCUCUGGGCUCCUGCAACACUUGAAAUUCAAUAACCCUUUCUACUUCAGCUUUAGCCGAUGCACCUUAUCUGGUGGUCACUUGAUCCAGAGGGUUAUUAAUGGUGGGAAAGACCUGAAAAGCUUGACCAGUUUGAAUCUCAGUGGCUGUGUUCACUGUCUGGCUCCGGAGUCCUUGUUUCGAAAAGCGGAAGAUGACAUUGACAGUAGCAUUCUGGAAAGCUUGGUCGUGUCUUGCUGCAACCUGAGACACCUCAACCUCUCUGCAGCUCACCAUCACAGCUCGGAAAGCAUAGGGAAUCACUUGUGCCAGCUCCUGUCCAGGCUAAAGCACCUGCUCUCACUAGCACUGCCGGUUUGCUCCAUCACAGAUGUUGCUGCUAACGUGGAAAAGCCUCCCAAGGCAUCUAAUUUGGUGCCUCAAGCGUUUGGAAAGAAAGUGCGGAUGGGGAUACAGACGUAUCCAAGGAACUUAGCGGACCAGGCAAGUCAGAAGAUAGAGUCUUCAGUAUUCUGGGCUCUGAUGGGAAGCCUCCGAUUUUUGGAAACCUUGGAAAUAAUUGGGUCCAGUUUUUCCUCUGCCAUGCCCCGCAACGAGCCAGCAAUUCGGAACUCGUUGCCUCCUUGUGUCCGGGCACAAAGCGUGGGGGAUUCAGAGGUGGCUGCUAUUAGCCAAUUGACUUACUUGCAGAGCCUCACCUUAGCACAACUGCCAAAUAUUCUUACAGGCUCUGGGCUGAUUAACAUCGGAUUGCAGUGCCAGCACUUGCGGACUCUUUCAUUGGCCAACCUGGGCAUGAUGGGGAAGAUGGUCUAUAUGUCUGCUCUCAUGGACAUGCUGAAACACUGCAAGUGUUUGAGAGAUCUCAGGCUGGAACAGCCGUACUUCUGUGCGGGUGCCCAGUUCUUCCAGGCACUGAGUCAUUGCUCCUCUCUCCAGCGGCUUUGCAUCGUCUCCCGGAGUGGGACUCUGCAGUCUGACGCAGUGAUGUCAUUCAUGGCCAGCUGCCUUGAGGUCAUCAUGUGCCACAUGUUUAUGGGAGAAUCUCUUACCGUUUGCAAAAACCUCCAGCAAUCUAUUGUCCGGAGUUUCCAGGCAGACCGCCCUGCGUUGAAUGUCAUCAUUUUCCCUCUGCUUCACGAGGACUUGACAGAGGUGAUCAGAGAUGUCCCCAUGCGGCACUUGGAUGAAAUUACCUUGUUUAAAAGCAGAGUGGCCGAGGAACCUCCCAACUUGUGGUGGUGACUGUCACAGCAUGGAAAGGACGGUCAGUGUGAGCACAUGGAAUAGCUUCUUGUUGGCCUGGAUUCCCCAUCUUCAGCUCCUGGCCACCUCCCUGGAUGCUGUACAAUCACUUUAAAUAGGUGCAAUUGCAAAAUAAAAAAAGCUGGUCCUUUGCAGUGGGGAAACAUCUAUUGGAUAUUGCUUGCAUCUGAAAAUCCUGUCUCAAAGGCUUCUGGAAUCUGAUGAGUAUUUCCUUGCGGUUAAUAUGAAUUGCUUCGUUAUUUUAUUGAAGUUAAAGGUAAGAUAAACUGACUUAACAAUGCUCUCUCCUUGUGUCGCCUGGUGUAUUUCCUAAGGGACCCUGUGUACUUUUGCAGUGUGCUUUGUGAUAGUGGUGGAAAUCAUUCUUUGCUUCGGUCUAUUUUUGGCAAAGUAGAAAGCCUAAGUCAGCUAAGAGGCACAAAAAUGUGUUGCUCAAUUUAAGUGCAUCACAUCUUGUCUGUGUUUCAGAUAUGCAUUUGUAGUCACACACAUGCAGUCACAGGUAUUCAAAGGGGUUUUUGGAUUGAGAAGUACCACAAGGAUUCUUUUUUUUGUUAUUAAAUAACAAAUUAAGGUCAUUAGCACCUGGACCAUGAUAUAUUCUUGCUGAUGCUGUUUCCGUUGGUCUGGUGGAAGAAGUUCUCAGCUCUUUGGAAAUCCUUGUCCUAGGGUAAGUGGUGCCUACAGUGAAUAAGUUGAGGUUCAGAUCUGAUUUAAAUGCAACCUGUCUUGCAGUGUAGAUGAGAAUGUAGUGUUCCAGUCCUGUCCUUAGAUGCCAUGCCUUGGGCUCAUGCUAAUUUUAGAGAUGUUAUGAAGUAUUUUCACAGUGUGAUUUCAGUCAGCUUCUCUGUUCCACAGAACUUCCUCAGGCCUUGGUAGUGGUCUGGAUCACUUUCAUAUUGCCUUAUUUACUGAGCACUUUUGAAAGCAUCAGACAGCUGUACCAAAAGCCGAGUUAUGAAUUCCUGGAGCGAUGUUUCUGGAUGGCAGUUGGAUUUCCUUUCCGCUGGAGUGUUUUGUGGUAGCACUGUGGGUCUGUCUGCUGCAAAACAGUUCUCAAACAGAGCUGUCUAACUUCUCCACCUGGACGCUCCCUAAUGUGUUGAGCCAUGCUUUUCUGGGGAGGCCCAGUGUUGUCCAAAGAUGAUGUCCCCGUCUGCUUGUUGGCAUUUUCUCCAUAAGCUGCCAUCGCCCAAAUGGUGUUCUGCUGUCAGUGGUUCGUAGGAAGCCUGGUCUGAUUUGAGACCACAAUGCACCUCGCGGGUUUGGAGGACUUUUCCUUCUUACUUUCCCGUCAGUCAGGUGUGAACCUGCCUGGAAAUCUGUCUUGCUGGUGUAAAUCUUGCACCAGACUGUGGUAAUCCUUGUGCUCAAAUAGGUUGCGGUGUUAACAAACAGGUUAAUAUUAGCUUUCUGCUAGCACUGGUCUGUGCGAUGCUAAAACUAACUCCUGCAUGCUUUUGUUGUCUGCCCUGAGUUUCCCUCCCGUUCCAACUCAGGACAGGGUGCCAGCAGCAGUCUCUGUUUUGCUGCUGGUAACAAGGUGGUGAGGCUGCUUGUCCUCCCCCUGAGAACAGCUGCAGCUGAGCCGCAAGCACUCCUGAAGUCUGGGACCACUCUGCCUUAGGGUAGACACCGUGCAGGUGAGUAUGAGGAGCUGAUGAGGAUUCUUGGCAUCCUCCCACUGUUUGCUCUCCCAGCGAGGACAUUCUUUCUACCUCUUGUCAUAUUGUUCACCUGUUUGAAUCCCUCUCUUCCCUGUCCAACAGCUUUCUUCUCUCUUCCUCCUUCACUUCAGCAAAUCACAUGUACUUUUUGCCAGGAAUGCGAUCACUGCCCUGUCCAGUUCAGGCCACUUCAACUCUGCUUAGCUUUUGUCUAGGUUUCUUUCCCGGAAUAAAUAGCAAGGGUUAGGCAGCCUUUGCAAAGCUGCUGUCUCUUCCUUGUGCCUCUAGCCUUGGGGCAAGGUAGAGGGAAGGCUGGGGCUUUGGAGCUCCAGCUCUGAUGCUUAAGGGGACCUGUUUCAUCCUGUGGAGGAAUCGCAGCGUUUGGUGUGUGCUACAGGAGCAAGGCCAUUCCCACUCUCAGCGGGGAUUUCCCUUCCACAUACGCACUGGGCAAGAGUUUGGCAGAACCGCCAGCUCGCCUGUUCCUGUCCCCUGGAAAACCUGGGUGGGGGGAAACACUGGUGUGCAGAGAACAUCUGUUGCUUAAUGGUGCUGUUAACCCUCUGGUCUUGGGGGUUCGAGGAGCCUGAUGAGACAUGCUGUACCUAGACCUCUCGCUUGGCAAAGUGAUACCCAUCUGCCUCGUGUCUUGCUAGAGCAGGGCGGGCAAUCAGGCAUGUUUUAUAAUGCCGUUAUUCUGCUGCCUGGAGUAUAAUGUUUAGACAUCUGUAUUCACACAAGAGGGUCAGAAGUCCUGAUGCGAAUACUACCAGUUAUAAUCAGGGCUAGGAAAGGUCACCCUCAGGUAAUAAAGAUAGCACCACAAAUAGUGAUAAAGAGCUAAAAUCUCCUUCCACUCUUGACUCCCCAACUCCGGGCCAAUGCUCAGUGUCUCUACUACAAAUCCUCUUAUGGUGAGUGAGAAUUUCCGCUGCUUCUGCACUCCAGGCAGGAUUCACCAGAUGUUAAUAAUGUGCUUAUUUUCUCUAAGUGCUAUUUUGGCAUCGGUGUUAAUUACAAUUUAUAUUCUGCAACAUUUACACUGGGAAAAGAACCCACCCUAAUAGUCCCCAAUUGGCAGAGCCGGGCUAUUAAACAUAGCACCAUAUGUUCUGAGCAGAGGAAUAUAUGGGACUCGGAGCCCACUCAGUGCUGAGACUGACGUGCAGCGUUAGAGGAGGAGAAGAGAACGCAGAGACGGGUGGUUUGUUCCUAGCUUUUAUUUAAUAUCAAAUUCCCCCUCCUUUUCUCUGGUCUCUGUCCCCACCUCUCCAGAAAUCUCCCUCCUGCUAUCUGUGAGCAUCUAACGAGGUGAUCUCUGAGCCUGCUGAUGCCAUUGUCCAUAGUCUAAAACAAAUGAAUUCAAUUACAGAAGGUGCCCUUCUCGCAGGGGCUGCGUCUGCAGGAUUCCCAGUCCCUGCUGGCGUGUUUUUUGCUGCGCUCCAAAUCAGACCUCCAACCUCUGAGGACUGCAGAAGAAGUCUUUCCUUUGACCACCAAUGAAGUGGUGAGAAAGAUAUUCUGGGACAAGUGCCAUUAAUGCGUAAAAUCAGAAGUUGCUUGCUGCUCUGCUGAUGUCCAAAGUCUUGUUUAGCGAUGUGGCUUUUGGUUCCUGCAGGCUGGGAGAGUCUGGGCCUGACGAGUGGCAGUGGUUUUCAUUGGGGGGAAUGUGGUGGGGCUAAGUCAUCCGUAUUACAGUCAACUUCUUAGAAGGAUGGUAAGUGAAAGGAUUGCUUCCUCAGCCGUCUUGCAAAGCUGAUUUCAUGGUCUCUUUAGAAAAUGGCAGUGUGUCCCCUGCUCCCUUUGGUAAGGGAGCUGUGUGGCAGCGACCGCUCUGUUCAGGAGAGCUUGGAUUGUGAUCGCUUGUCUGUUUAGCAGGUGGUUUGGCAGGAGAAGAGAUAGGAGUGAGAGGAGUGUGGUGUGGACCUGGAAUUGGAAGUCAGAUGCGCCUGUGAGGCUUGGCCUUGGUUUCCCCACUUGUGCAAGGGGAGGAGGUUUCAUAGACCUUGUGUGAGGGCGAUCCUGGAGUGAAAACGCUCUUCCUCCCCCCCCCCCCUAAGUGAGAUGGCGCUUCCUUAGGAGGGAGGGCAGGGCUGGGGCUGCCCAUGCAGCCUGUGGGUAGCAGAGCAGCAAUCCUGCUUGCUUCAGUUCACACGACUACCUCCUCCUCUGCUGUGGCACGUGAGACUCCCAGGGGAGCAGAGCAGGAUCCAGCCCCUCUGCUGAUCUUCAGAGGCACAAAAUUCCUGCAGCAACGUACAGGAAUGGGACGGUGCGUUGUGCGGUGCGAGGUGCUUUCUCCCAACAGCCCUCUUUUAGGAUGGGGUAUCCCCCCAUGGCCUCCGGACUGCAGGGCUUUUCCAUCUGUGGAGUUAAUCGGUGUGGAACGGUUGUUUUGGCUGCCCAAGGGACGUGCAGUUCCCCUUGGAUGGUCCCAGUGGAGAGCGUCCAGCCCCGGCUCCUCGCCCCUGCCUGCAGGGAGCCGCGCUGGGUAAUGCAGAGGCGAACCUCCCUCCAUUGCAGCUCUCCCGACCCUUUGAUGAGAUGCGCAGGCUACUCCAGCAGGAGAAUCAUUUCCAUAGAAACCAAUUGGGAUGUUGUACAGGGAAUAAUGAUUAAUAGUGAAGGGAUGUUGCCUCGGGCCCUUUUCAUUUUUUAGGGGGCAGUGAGGGACAAACCAGAGCACAGGUAGGUAGGGGGACAGGCAAGCUCGAAAACUAAUGAAAACCAUCCCUUCCAUUAAUUUCCAGGGCAGCUUCCCCUCUUCUCCUCCUGCCCUCUUCCCCCCUCUCGCUGCUGCUUCCCAGCUUUCGUCAAAUUUUCAAAAUGGCCAACCUGGUUAGAAAUAAUCAUAAUAAUAAAAAAGGAUGGAUGAGGUCUGACUACUAACAUUGUUGCUGUUAGCAGCAGGAUUUCAGCCAUAAAACAUGAAGCAAGGGAGGCAUUGACCUUUCCGCUGUUUGAAAUGAAUGGAGACAUCAAUAUCUAUUGUUUUGUGGCAUUGACCUCUGACGCUUUCCCUUCGCCCUCCCCUUGCUUUUUUUUUUUCAUUCCCCCCCCCCCCCCCCC